AUGAUGUCCAAGUCCAAGUCUGAGUGUGUGAAGGUUGUUGUGCGAUGCAGACCAAUGAACGAGAAGGAGAUCGCAGAUGGCCAUCAGAGGGUGGUAGAAAUGAACGUCAAGCGGGGACUGAUAGAAGUGCGGAACCCUAAAGGUGGUGACUCUGAACCAUCAAAGAAAUUCACAUUUGACUCUGUGUAUGACUGGAACUCCAAACAGAGGGAUCUGUACGAUGAAACGUUCUAUGAUCUCGUCGACUCUGUGCUCAAGGGGUUUAAUGGAACCAUCUUUGCUUAUGGGCAGACAGGAACAGGGAAAACACACACCAUGCAGGGAACUAAACAAAGCAAGGAUGACUGGGGCGUUAUUCCAAAUUCCUUUGAGCAGAUCUUCCAGCACAUUUCUCAGUCAGAGAACCAGCAGUACCUGGUGAGGGCAUCCUACCUGGAGAUCUAUCAGGAGGAGAUUCGAGAUCUCUUAUCUAAAGACCAGAGCAAACGACUGGAACUCAAAGAAAGAACUGACACUGGCGUGUAUGUGAAGGACUUGUCAUCAUUUGUGACCAAGAGUGUCAAGGAAAUCGAACAUGUGAUGAAUGUAGGAAACAGUAACAGAUCUGUCGGGGCCACAAACAUGAAUGAACACAGCUCCAGAUCUCAUGCUAUAUUUAUUGUUACGAUUGAGUGCAGUGAGGAAGGGGAGGACGGGGAGAACCAUAUCCGUGUUGGCAAGCUCAACAUGGUGGAUCUGGCUGGUAGUGAGAGACAGAGCAAGACUGGGGCUACGGGUGAUAGGUUGAAGGAGGCCACAAAGAUCAAUUUGUCAUUAUCCACACUGGGCAAUGUGAUAUCCGCAUUAGUGGAUGGCAAAAGUACACACAUUCCAUACCGAGAUUCCAAGCUUACAAGGUUGUUACAAGAUUCUCUAGGAGGCAAUGCUAGGACAGUCAUGGUGGCCAACAUUGGCCCGGCAAGCUACAACUAUGAUGAAACCUUAACCACACUCAGGUAUGCUAACCGGGCCAAAAAUAUCAAGAACAAACCGGUUAUUAAUGAAGAUCCUAAGGAUGCCCUGUUGCGAGAGUUUCAGGAGGAGAUCAUGAGAUUGAAAGCUCAACUUCAGGGUAAAGGAGCGCCCAAGAAGCGAGGAGGGCGUAAGAAGAAGAUAAGGAGAACCAGAGAUGGUCAAGUUAUCGAUGGUGAUAGUAAUGAGGAAGGCGAGGAGACGAAUGAUGAGGAUGAGGCAGAUGCUUACAUGAGGGAACAACAAGCCAGACUGGAACAGGAGAAGGAAGCUAUUCUUAGCAACCAGUCUCUGAUAGCAGAGGAGAAAGAGAAGCUGCUGGGAGAGCUCAAUGAUAAAGAGAGCAGGCUGGUACAGGAGAAGGAGCAGCGGGACCUGCUGGCUACAAAAAUUAAGGCCAUGGAGAGCAAGCUACUGGUGGGUGGCAAGAAUAUUGUGGACCACACGAAUGAACAGCAGAGAGCGUUGGAGCAGAGGAGACGGGAGAUUGCAGAACAGCAGCGUAAAGAACGAGAGAUGCAGCAAAAGCUGGAAGAGAAGGAGGAGACAGCCAUCGAGUUUCGGGAGACAUAUCAAACAUUACAACAGGAAGUCGAUUCUAAAACAAAAAAACUUAAAAAGUUGUUUGCCAAGCUGCAAGCCACCAGGCAGGAGAUUCAGGACCUGCAGGAGGAGCACAGCAAGGAGAGGCAGGAGCUGGAGCAGACCCAGAUGGAGCUUACCAGAGAGCUCAAGCUCAAGAUGUUGAUCAUUGAGAACUUUAUCCCCAAUGAGGACAAGCUGAAGAUUCAGAACAGAGCUUACUUUGAGGAAGAUGAGGACACAUGGAAGCUAAAGCCCCUGGCUAACAGAAA